AUGGCAAAUAUCCGUGUCUCUGAGUGGCGGAAGCUUCCAGUAAGCCUUGCGGAGCUCUGCAUAGAUACUACUUUGCGAUGUGGGCAAUCUUUCAGGUGGAAAAAGCUAGGCAAUGAUGAGUGGUCCUGCGCUCUCCACGGACAGAUUUUGUCUUUGAAACAGGAUGAUUAUUAUCUUCAUUACCGAUCUAUGAGACCAAGCACCACGUGCCCAUUGAUUCUUCCAAACUCAGUCAAUUCUCACGUGGCCAAGAUUGAAAAUGAGGAUGAAGCAACAGAAAGCCUACUUAGACGAUACUUCAACCUCACCCCCAAUGUCGCCACUCUGUACGAGUAUUGGUCUUCGGUUGAUCCUAAUUUUAAAAAGAGGGCUCCGAGUUUCGCAGGCGUCCGUAUCUUGAAGCAAGACGCUUGGGAAACUCUUGUGGCAUUCAUAUGUAGCAGUAAUAAUAAUAUAGUGAGGAUAUCACAAAUGGUUAAUAAUUUAUGCUUGCAUUAUGGGCCAUUAGUUGGGCGUAUCAAUGAUGUAUCCUUUCACGAUUUUCCUCCUCCAGAGGCCCUCACUGGACCCAGAGUUGAGGCGCACCUCCGUGAACUUGGCUUUGGCUAUCGCGCUGCGUAUAUAGCCAAAACAGCCUUGAUGGUUGCAAAUGAAAAGCCAGAAGGCUGGCUACAGAGCUUACGCAACGAUGGUGAUAAUCCGGACCAGAAAUUACCGCGAGGAGGCCGGGAUGGUUAUCGACGAGCCCAUGAGGAAUUGCUACAACUUCUAGGCGUCGGGCCAAAGGUGGCCGAUUGUAUUUGUUUGAUGGGGCUCGGUUGGGGCGAAGCCGUGCCUGUUGAUACUCAUGUUUGGCAGAUUGCCCAGCGCGAUUAUAAGUUUGGCAAGGGGAAAAACAAAAGCCUCACGAAGGCUACUUACGACGCUGUUGGCGAUCACUUCAGAGAACUUUGGGGCAAGGAGGCUGGGUGGGCUCAUUCCGUGCUUUUCGCUGCGGAUCUAAAAACGUUUUCAGAGAGGCUUGCGCCCAAGGUCAAACUGGACGUGGAGGAAGUCAAAAUUAAGGAAGAGGACGGGACCGUCGUAGAAUCAAAGGUUAUUGUGAAAAGGGAAUACACAUUACAUGAGGUGAAGGAUGAGUUUGGGAAAGACAAGGUUUUGUCUGAGAGCCCACGUAGUCAGAGAGCGAAGCGUCGAAGAGUUGUAUAG